CACAUACUGAAAAUAAAAGCAUGAUUAAACAUAGAGGAAAUUUUAAGUGAUAAAUGAUGAGUUAAUUAGGCUUGACUUUAACUUGUUUAUUAGUUUAAAUCUUGUCAACGUGAGCGGGUUGGCAGCACUUUUAAAAAGGGCAUUCCAUCGAAUCGGGGAGCAAAAAACAAAAGCCGCUCUUGGCGCGCGGCGCUCCACCGUUUGUUUGUUAUCAGUGGUACACUUUCAUGUCUAAGCCAACGCGCAAGGUUUGGUCGUUUUUGAGUUUUUAGCUCAUCCAAGUUUUUCUUAAAGCUUAACCCUCUUCACACGUAUAAUUAGAACUAUAUACCUAUUUUAAGUUUUGGAGGUAUAUUUAAAGUUUAAAUCUUUCGACAAUUCAUUCAAAAUAUUCUCUUUCUUAAAGUUCGUCUUAUUUGAGGUAUAUAUCCUGCUUCUUGAGUUAGUCAUUAUCCAAUAUGAAGCAAAACAUACAAUGGGUGAUAUGGCUCAUUUUCUGGUAAGACUUUUUUGCUUCUUUAGGCUUAUUGAGGAAUUUAGCGUUGAAUUUGCUGUGAACUGAAGUCGAUUUGAUUGCAGUCUGCUUAUACUAACGUCUCGAUUGACAAGAGGAGUGGUCAGACUCAUCCAAGAAAAGGGAUUUAGAGAAGAAACAUUCUUCUAUCACCUUGGGGACAAUGGCCAUGCAUACCACUUCAACAGGCAGUAUAAAAAUUCAAUCUACUUCAAGUGUAUGAAAUAUGACACACUAAAUUGCAAAGGUAGGGCAAUUCUGUACGACAUGGGCGCUGGCUUCACUCACAGAGGAAACCACAACCACCCCCCAAACCCUGACCUGGUGGAGGAGAGAGCAUUCCACCGGCAAGUGCUUAAUGAUUGCAGAGAGCAAAAAUGGGUUUCCUACCGUCAAAUCCUGGACAACCAAAGGUCAAACCGAAGAUACAGUAGGAGAGUCCGGGCAAGGAUGACUCUUCCAAGACUCAGGUCAUCAAUGAGAAGAGCAAGACUUGAAACAUACCCUGAGAUUCCUCAAACAUUGGAGGAGCUGUCUGCGGCAUUGCUGGACGUUAAUAAUGCCCAUAUCAUACAAACUGAAGGGGAUGAUUUCAUUUACGCCGGAUCAGUGACCGCCAGAGAUGGGAGCCAUCAUGUCAUCUUCAUGUCGGAGGAGCAGAAGUGGAUACUAGGUGAAGCAGAGGUGCUCCAUGCAGAUGGUACAUUCAAAUCAAGACCUGCAACACCAAGAAGUAGUCAAUUGUUUUGUAUUGUCACCACAUGGGAGACUCAUGUGGUUCCUCUUUGUUGGGUCCUCAUGGAAAGGCGCACAAUCUCAGCCUACAGGGCUGUUUUUCAGUUCCUGAAAAACCAAACUGCUAUAAAUCCAAGGAAGAUCAUCACAGAUUUUGAGUAUCCCCAGCAAAGAGCAUGGCAAAUUGAAUUUCCAAGAGCUUCAAUCCAGGGAUGCCUGUACCAUCUAUGCAGCGCCUUCAUCAAGAAGUGCAAGAAUUUAAGAUUGGUGAGGUACAUGCGUCAUUUUCCUGAUAUUAAAAAAGUGCUCAUGAAAGCAGUAGCAAUUUCUUUACUGCCAUCACAAUAUUUUGAGCGGGCACUUCAAAUUAUCAAGGGAGAUAUACGAAGGCGGAAUGCCGUUGUUUAUUACCUCAUGCGUGGCUUUUUCAACUAUGUCAAUGAUGAAUGGAUUGCCAACAACAGGCGAAGAGGCUGGAUGUGUUUCUUCAACAAAGCAGACCGCACAAACAAUGCGUGUGAGAGCCACAACCGCAUGCUCCACAACAAAGUUGGUGCUCACCGCCCAAAUGUGUGGCAAUUCAUUGAGGCCCUGAAGGUCCUUGAAAACAAUGCCAUUCUUGACGUUGAAGCAAUAAGUGGAGAAGGAGUGGAAGUCUCUAGGGCCAGAAGGUGGACCUCAGUUGUAAUGGACGCACGGCUGCAAAGAUUAUCUAGAAAUUUAAGAAGAACCAUUUUCAGGAAUAGGGAUUAUGCAAUUAGAAGUUUCUUGAACAGGGCAAGCCACAUUAACCAUAGAGUUGUAAAUAACUUACUUCCAGAAUAG